CAUACAGUACAACAACGUUGAAGUACGAGGUAUAUUGACUAUCCAGUACUUUUUACCUUAUUCUUUUUCUUCACUUCAAUAAUCACUCGUUACCCUUCCUUUAUUCUUUACAUUUCAUCUUGUAUUAUAAAUAAUCUCAUCUACACUUCGAAGCCUUUCACCACUUUUCCAACCUCACCACUCCUUGACCCUUAAUAUUCGAACUGGAAGAAUAUCCGAACUGGAAGAAUAAAACCCCCCAAACCCAUCGGCUGUUGUGCCACUCCACACUCAGCUAUGGCUUUUGAUUCUGGAAGUGGCGAUGGCGUGAGCGCCAAACCGAAUGACGCUCAACCCCAACAACCCAGCGUGUCAAUUGCCGAACAGAUCACCACCAUUGUCCAGGAAGCUUCUACUCCUGAUUCCGGUGCAGAGAUUGACAUUUCCGACAUCUCCGACGUUUCCGACGAUGCCGCGGCUCUCAAGAAUCUCACAACAGGUGUACGCGAUCAGGAAGACCUCGAGAGAGACAUCACUCACCAGGCUAGUAUUGCAUUGAUUGAUGCAGAGAAUAAGAAAGAUGAAAAGCGUAUUGAGAAGGUAGAAGCGACUUUACAGAAACUCAGUGCCCAAAAGAAGACUCAAGAAGAGCAAUUUCGCAAAGCCAUUGGCAAACCUGAAUUGAAGCAAACUAUACGCGCCAAAAUCGCCGCCAUAGAGGAAGAGACUAAGACCGCUCAACAAGACAUUACCGAUUUACGAGCUCGUAUUGAACAACGAAUUCACGAGGGUGCCAACGCCGAGCAGGCUCAGGGUGGGAGCAGGAGGUUACCUAAUGAGACUUACCGUCAAUUCCUCAUCCGCACGGGCAAGAUCACACCCUUUGCGAACAUUGGACUGAAUCGCCCUCAAGGUGACACGGGAGACUUGGCCGAUGCAUUAGGCGAUGCAGAGGACGAAGCUGCGGCGGCACAAUUGGGAGAGGAACUUGGAUUCGAGGCACGCUCUCACCAGAACCUUCGUGCUCCUGGUUUCGAUGAAGAACCUAAAUCAGAUCUCGUCGUCGCAGAGUCUAAAUCUCCACUGCCACCACGAAAGAAGCGCAAGCUGCAGCGCAAAUCCGCUUCCUCGGAUGAUUUCGUCGCGCAACCGUCUUCUGACGCAUCCGAGGCAGAUUUCAUUGAUGACCAAGAUGAUCAAGAGUCAGAAGAUUCUGACAAUGGACGACGUCGCAAGAAGCCUAAGAAGGCCGCCGCCAAGGACGGUAGUAAAGUUGAUCUUAGUAAAAUUGAUGAUGGCAAUGAGGCCAGCUACCAAACUCGGAUUGCAGACUGGGCUGAUAGACGCAGUAGAGCUAGGCGCCGCCGACGACAGGAAAGAAGAGAUCAAGGAUCCGAAGAAGAUGAUAGUGGAGAUGAGGAUGAAUGCUUCAAACCUUCUCCGGAUCACGCGAGCUGUCGUAUCCAGAACGGUCUGAAAGUACCCGGUGAUAUUUACCCGGCUCUAUACGACUAUCAGAAGACUGGUGUUCAAUGGCUCUCCGAGCUUUACCAUAACAACGUCGGGGGAAUUGUCGGCGAUGAGAUGGGUCUCGGAAAGACUAUACAAAUCAUCGCCUUUAUUGCUGCUUUGCAUCAUAGCAAACGACUCGAGAAGCCUGUAAUCGUGGUUGCGCCAGCCACCGUUUUGAAGCAAUGGGCGAAUGAAUUCCAUCGCUGGUGGCCCCCAUUGCGCGUAUCGAUCCUUCAUUCUUCAGGCAGUGGUAUGCUCAAUGUAAAGGCGGAGGGUAGGAUUGAAGAAGACGAUGAGGCAUGGGAUGAAAUAUACGGCGAACGGCAGGUUAGCAAAGCCGCCAAGAAGAUUGUUGAUAGAGUUGUGGAACAUGGCCAUGUUCUCGUUACCACUUAUGCAGGCUUGCAGACAUAUGGACAGGUCCUGACCCCCGUAGAGUGGAGUUACGCGGUCUUGGACGAAGGCCACAUGAUUCGGAAUCCGAACAGCGCGGUUACUGUAUACUGUAAGGAGUUGCGCACACCGAACCGAGUUAUUCUCUCCGGCACCCCCAUGCAGAAUAACCUCAUUGAACUAUGGUCUUUAUUCGACUUCAUCUACCCCAUGCGAUUAGGGACGCUCGUCGAUUUCCGCAAUCAGUUUGAAAUCCCUAUACGCCAAGGAGGUUAUGCCAAUGCCGGCAAUCUUCAGAUUAUGACCGCGCAAAAAUGUGCAGAAGUCCUCAAAGAUACCAUUAGUCCAUACCUGAUUCAACGUCUCAAAGUUGACGUAGCGGCUGAUCUCCCUAAAAAGACGGAACAAGUUCUUUUUUGCAGCCUUACACGACCGCAGCAAGAAGCCUAUGAAACGUUCCUCCAGUCGAAAGAAAUGGAGGCUGUUGUGUCUGGUAAAAGGAAUGCACUCUUUGGGAUUGACAUCCUUCGCAAGAUCUGCAACCAUCCCGAUUUAAUAUCCGCGAGUUUGAAAAUAAAGAAAGACUACCAUUGGGGAUCAGCAAAAAAGUCGGGUAAGAUGCAAGUUGUGAAGGCGCUCCUCCAAACGUGGAAGCGCUUCAAGCAUAAGACUCUCCUUUUUUGUCAAGGAGUCCAGAUGCUUGAUGUACUAGAGAGCUUCGUGAAGCGUUUAGGGUAUAUUAAAUACCUACGAAUGGAUGGCGGUACCGCUAUCAAGGGCAGACAGAGCCUUGUUGACCAAUUCAACAACGAUCCAGACAUCGACGUUUUCUUACUGACCACCAAAGUUGGUGGCUUGGGUGUCAACUUGACUGGCGCAAACCGGGUCAUUAUCUUCGAUCCGGACUGGAACCCUUCGACAGAUGCCCAGGCUCGAGAGCGAGCGUGGCGUCUUGGACAGAAGAAGGAAGUCACGAUAUACCGACUCAUGACCGCAGGAACUAUAGAAGAGAAGAUGUACCACCGCCAAAUCUAUAAGCAGUUCCUGUCUAAUAAGGUACUGAAAGACCCCAAACAGUUGGCGACCUUCCAGAUGAACGAUUUACAUGACCUCUUUAAGCUAGAGACACCCGGAGACGGGGUGACUGAAACAGGGAAACUGUUUAAAGAUUCAGAGGUCCAAUUCAGCAAGCCUUCGACAGCGGAUGGCGCUAAGGAUCCAGGCCAGAACGCAACGGAUUCACGAGAUCAGACGAAGACAUCAGAAGAUCCGGCCAAUGACGACCAUGACCGAGAACUCCACACCAUUGAAGGGGUGGCUGGUGUUGAGGAAUAUAAGCCUGAUGCAGAUGGGGAAGAUACGCCAGGCAAGUCGACGGAAGAGGAUCGAAUCAUGCAAGGCCUUUUUUCCCGCUCCGGUGUACACUCAGCGCUCGAGCAUGACAAGAUUGUCAAUGGUAAAAGACAGGUCCGGGCAGACCCAAGAAUGCUGUUACACGAGGCAAAUCGUGCAGCGGCGGAAGCUGCUGCCUCCCUUCAGCGCGCAAGGGAGCAGACACGCUCUGUGCCAAUUGGCACCGUAACUUGGACUGGGGAUGUGGGCCAAGCUGGCAGGCCGUCGAACGCGCGCCGCAGCCAAGCUAUCCCCGAAUCGGGAAGCAUCCUAUCCGGGCUAGCCAACAGACAGGGACGAAGCUCCCGGCCUGGCCCUUCCUCCUCGGCCAGAACUACAAACCUGGGAGUCAGGGAUUUUGCGGGCAUGAUCCCAAAGUUCAUCAGGGAGCACAACGGCCGGGUAGCAACACAACACUUGGUGGAUCACUUUGACCAGUAUUGUGGUACGAAGAAGCAAUCCGAUGCAUUCAGGACCGCGUUAGACCGCGUUGCGGAUAUGAAGAAGAGAGGAUCAGUAGGCUACUGGACACUCAAAUGAGGACACUUAAGAGUACCAUUUGGAGGGUUAUAGGAUAUCGGAGCCUCAAGCGAGUUAUGUAUCAUAUUACUGAACGUCAGGCCACCUUCUCAAGCGUAGCAUAUAAACUCAUAAGGUGUUUAGGAGCGGGCCACAUUUGCUUUAGCUAUACCACGGUUGCUUCACAGCCAUGCGAAAUGAAUUCGAUUACUUUUACAUUCAUGAAGAGUCUGAUACUAAAAUGGUUUAUGGUGAUGAUUACUAGGACGCUUCUUCGUUAUCAAAGCUUCUAAUAAGUAUAUAUAGUAAAAACUACAUACGAUAGUAGUAUACUAUGUAGAUAUGUAUGUAACUAAUGAUGAGCAGCGGUGACAGUCGGCAGAAAGAUGUAGAAUAACCCUAAC